CAGAGUCUAGCAGAGGUUUUCAGAUGCUUUAUCUGCAUGGAGAAGCUGCGAGAUGCUAGACUUUGUCCUCAUUGUUCCAAAAUGUGCUGUUUCUUAUGUAUAAGGGUGAGUUAUAUAGAUUUUAUGUCAUCUAUUGCAAGUCAAGAUGCACAACAGUGUGUAAAUCAAAACUAAACAUUCAGAGGUGUGUGUAAGACCUUAACCCUUUUGCUCCCAAGAUCUUAUUAGAAAUUCUCUCAGCUGUCUGCUAUAAAAUUCUUGUAUGUUCCUACAUAGAGUUUGGUAGUGAAUCAACUUUAAUUCUCUAAUUUAAAUUUUUGUCCAUUUGUAUAACAUGUCUGCUUGAUAUUGUAUUGAAUGAAUAUUGUAAGGGGAAAUUCUGUCUUUGUCACUCAAGAAAGUUAGAGGGUUAAAGAACUCUUUGCUUAAAAAAUGUUAAAAUUUUUAAAAUUGUGCCAUGUGAUGCACUGUAACUUUCAAUAAGAAACUUGUAACAAUCAACUCUUCUUUUUCCUCUGAUGAAGGUUAAGUUAAGAAUCUCAGCAAACAUCCAGAUUUUUAUAGCACUUUCAGUGUUCACCCUUGUAUUUUAACCAUGACAGGUUAAAGACAUUUUUAAACCAGAAGAGCAAUCCUUUUUCCAAUUGAAUUUUGAAAAAUUCCAAGUCAUUUUAGUAAGAUGUACUAGAGACAAUAAAUUUAAUCGGUUACCAUCCUAAAAGGAGAACACUGAACUUUUUGUUUAUACACAGCAAACGGCUUCUUGUAAGUCCUGGGUUUAUAUGACUUUUUCAGGUUUUUCUUUUUUUAAUGAAACAUAUUGGAGCAUUUGCCUCAUAAGUAGAUGUGCUCAUUUAGAGAAUUCCUGCUAAGGGAUUUUUGAUUGACAUAGGGGAUUAUUUUCUUGAGGGUAUGUCUCAGGGAGUUUACAUAUAAGCAGCAUUAACCACAAUUGGCAGUAACAUUGUAGUUUGAUUAGCUUGUUGAUAAGAGUACAGAUGAUGAUGCUUGCAUCAACUUGUCAUGCAACAGUCAGGCACUGAAAUAAUAGUUUAAUUUGAAGUCUUUAUUGUGGUCUGUACUCUUUUGCAAUGUUCAGGACUGAUACAAUAGUUUUAUUUGAUGUCUGUAGCAUGGUCUGUACUCUUAUCGACAACAAUUUUGGUCGCCACAGUGGUCAUGAUUUGUUGUGGACUCACGAGAUAUACACAAAAUUUUUACCACUGCGGUGAUGAAUAUUGUUGUUGAUAAAAGUACAGACCAUGCUUAACCAAUGACUAUUUGUUGAUUUUACAGUAAACCAAACAUUUUUUUAACUACCUGCACAGGGGUCUCAAUAACAUUUUCUAUAUUAAGAGGUUGCUUAUGGUGCAAUAGGUUGCCAUGUUGUAAGGUAAAACGCAAGCAAAAGAGCUAGCUCACAUGUUGAACAAACCACAGUGAGAGGUCUUACAGGCGGUGGUAGAUGCCAGGUGGUUUUUACUGAAACCUUUCUGUUAAGUAGUCAUAACUCACCCCUCCCCCAUUCCAGGAUACCUGAACUACAGGAGAAAAAAGAUCUGCAACUAUCUUUUACAAGUUAUAAGUCCUUUUCAUGGGUUUUACAGCAUUAUGUAAGAUCUUGAAUAAUGGGGGUAGGUUUGUAAAGGAAUUAAAGGGGAUUUAAAGGGGAUUUAAAAAAUUAAUAAAAAGAUCCUUUUUAAUAGGAUUCAUGAAUUUUUGUUGAAAGUAUUCAUGAUGUUCAACCUACAUUCUUUCUAUUUAUUGUUCAAGGGGCCACUAACUAUUUUGCCUUUAAUAAAAAUGUAUUAAUUUUUAUGUCAAAAUGAUUUUUAUUUGUUAGUUACUUUGUGUAUCCUUCUUUUCAAGGUACAAUAUUUACAUUGUUAAUCUUUGAGUAUACAGUUUAUUGUAAAUCGUUUGGGUUGAAUUGAUUUAACUUUAAAUUUGAGCAAAAGUGAAGCACAUAUUUACUGUCACAUACCUCUUCAACUUUUUGGCAACUUGAUAGAAUGCUGUAUUCAUUGGUAACAGAUGAGGGAAAAACAAUAUUUUUGAAUGUAAUAAUUAAAACCACUCUCUAUACCGUGACAAGUUUCUGUCACUUCUCAUUUCAAGUUAAGACCAGUUGUUGUAUCUGAAACAAAUUCUAUUCACACAAAGAGGAGGAUUUGUAAAACUUUUCUUGGUUUUGUCACAUAGUAGAUUUUUCUUGUUAAAUUUUAUUUUUAAUAUCGUAGAACAGUCAUGUAAGAACACUUCUUGCCUGUAACCAUAUUUGAAAAAAAAAAACCCAAAGUCUGGGGAACCUGAGGCUGUUUAGCCUAGAACAAGUAAGAUCCCUGGUUUUUAGGAAAGUUGGACAAUCUUUGAUUUUCUACCAUGUGCAUGUACAUGUACUGCAUUUUUUGGCCAGCAUCCACUGAUUUCCAUCUGGGGUGCAUUGCAUUGGCUACCACUCAGAGUUAAAUGGUUAAGUGUUGAAUUUUGGGAGUUGAGUACAUGCUGUAGCAUCACAUACUCGUAGCUACAGUUCACCAUUUUUAAGCAGAUUUCUAAAGGACCUUAGCCAAAAUUUAACUUAACCCUUCGACAGACCCACAGGUGAUUAACUGGAACUACUCCCAGUAAUAUUCAUACAUGUAUAUUGUCCAGCAAUAUGAAAAGUUUGAGAAUACUCAAACUAAUUGGAUUCUAGGUUUUAUCUUGAUCUAACACCAACCUCUCCUAAUUACGCAAUUUUUGGCAUGUUUCAUUCAUGUUUUUCAGUUAACGUAUACUGGUAUGCGAGCGGUACUGUAAUUUGCAAAGAGAUGUGUAUCAGCUAGAGGGGAGAAUUAACAAUCAGAUCUUGGGAGUUUAAGGGUUAUCACAGGGUUUCCUUCGAUACAAGUUUAGUAAACUUUACUACAGUAACUGUUCUUAAUCAUUCAAUCCCAACUGAGUGAGUGAGUUAAUUCAGCAAUCCUCUUGAAUAUAAAGCUGGUAAAUAGAGUGAGUGAGUUGGGCCAAGCUUGCUCUUACACAAAUACACUAAGAAUGCCUUCAUCUGCUUCUGUCCUCCAUUACAAUUAAAGAAUUUUACAUCUAGAGUUAAAAAAUGUAAUUAUUGUAACCUGAAAUUUGUGUGACAAAAGAGCUUAAUUUUGGUGUCUGAAGCCAGCUGAUGGAGGUGUACCUUGAAUAAAAAUUUAUUUGUACUGGAGAUGAAUGAGUGAGAAUUUGGACCUUUCAAAUUUGGGUUCAGCUUAAAACAGGUUUUUACACCAUUCUGUGAAUCAUGAAUUUUUAUCAAAAUCCAGGGAAAAUUUAACUUCUUGUGGGUCAUCUUUUGUUUGACUGUGUCUUUUUUUGUUUAAUUAAGGCCUUAGGAGGAGUGCUUUAUAUUUUGAUUAAUGGGUAGAAAUUAUGCUUUUAAGAGGAAAAAAGGGUUCUUCAACUGCAUAUUAUAUAUUGUAUUUAUCUGACAAUGGAAGUUUUGUUUUCGAUUAAAAUAAAAGGUAAAGGAAAUUUCAAAAACUGAUGCUUAUGGCCACCACCAGUACAGUAUCUUAAUAUGUAAAUUUUGCUAAAUGCAUCCUGUUUUUUAAGUAAUGCAGGUGUUCUUGGUUAUUUUUCUUUAUUUUUAUUUUGAAUACAUUGUAUAUCCUUUUUUAUCAGUUAUUUGCAUGGUGACUUAAAGUGACUUGAAAGUAACCACUGAGUGAGACAAAAUAAUUCUAAGAGUGCUAAAAAUUUACAUUUUAAAAUCAGUUUUCAGACGGAAAUUUUCUGCAUCAUAUUAUGAGGGAUUUGUCUCUUGAGGAAUAUUGUUAAUUCUGCUCGGUUAGUUUUAGUCUGGUUCUGAGUCUGGUCAAGGAUUGAAUCCCUCUGUUUGGUGUGAGAAAUAAUUAUGAGAAAAUUGUGCAGAAUUUGUAGAAGGUGACACAAUCAGAAAUUCUAAACACAAUUUUUGAAAUUUGAUUUUGCAAAUUGUGUAGAUUUGGUUUGAAACACUCACUGUCAUUACCUUCACAAUUAUAUGAAACUUUCAGUACUGUAGCUCUACAUUAUGACUUUGUGUGGAGAGUUACUGACAAUAGUUGCCAUUUUAAGAGCCUUUUUUGUGUGGAGAUUGGGCCAUUUUGAAUUUUGAGAUUUCUGUGUAGAUGUUUUGAGUUAAUAUGACUUGAGGUCAUUUGUGUGAAAUUGCACCACCAAGUAAUAUCUCAGAAGCCUUGCAAAAUUUGAUGCAUUUAAAAGUACCCAAGUUAUUUGGUAUAGUAUGUGACACACAUGGAUUUUAGGAUGAUAUUCAAACGGGCAACUGUAAGUAGUUGUUCAAAACCUUGAGUAUUUGCAGUGCAUUUAAGUGAUAUUUCCUUGUUAAAUCAUAUACAGUCAUGCAUUUACUGAAAAUAUUGCUCAGUUGGCAUGCAGUGGCACCCAACUACACUGUAGUAUUUGGGGACAAGAUUUAAGUGCAGUUAAGGCCUUAAUUUGUUUUGCAAUGGCUGAACCCCUUAAAUCCCAAGAUCUCAGUAGUAAUUCUCCUUACUGUCUGCCAUGCAGUUCUUGUACAUGUGAUGUUAGUUUGGAAAAUUUGGUAUUGGAUCAACUUAUAAUCCUCUAAAUUAUAUUUUUCUUUAUUCUCAUCACUUAUCUGCUUGAUAUUGUAUUGAUGUUGUAAGGAGAAAUUCUGUCUUGGUCACUCAUGGGAGUUAAAGACUAAAAUUGCAGCUUAUCUAUAAAGAUCAUGGUUUAAUUGAUUUUCAGUUCACAGGUUUAAUUUUUUUCAUAACAAAUUAAAAAUGUAAUAAUAAUGUGCAAAAUGGUAUGUCAUGUUGAACAAAAUUGAAGAUCAUAUUUUUACUGAACAAAUGUGGGAAAUAUUUCUUUGGUUCAAAGGCAUUUGAAUUAAAAUUGAACUCACAAAAAAAGUUAAUAAUUGUAAAAGAUACUGUAAGUGAAAUCUUUAUUGAGUAGACACUGAAGGGACAUUAGGUACAACUUUAUUUUAUUUAAUAAUUGUUACAUAAAACACUUCCUCUUCCCCCCUUGUCUAUGUUGGUAAGGAAAUAAUUGAUCUGCAUGCAGAAUGCUGAACGUUUUUAAGAGAAUGGAGUGUCCAAACAAUUUUAGUUUCCAAUUAACCCUUUCACUGUCAAGAUCUCUUCAAUAAUUGUCCUUACAGUCUACCAUAUAAUUUUUAUGAUAUUAGUUUGGAGAAUUUGGUAUUGGACUAACUAAUAAAUCCCCUUAAUGAUAUUUUUCUUUAUUCUCUUCAUUUGUCUGAUUGAUUUUUUUUUUGAUGUUUGAGAGUUAAGAGAGACAGAGUGUAAUCUGCUAAAUUCAAAGUUAAAUUACUAAGUUCAUAUUUUAUCUUUUUAAAUUAUUUUUGUGGCUACCUCAUCCUUUGGGAGGAACAGGGUACUCAUAAAUAUGAAGGAUGCAGCAGGUUUUCUAUUUUGCAUGUGAGACAAAUCUCCUGCAACACCAUCCUCCAGCAUCAUUAUACAACCUCUAGUUCUUUUCAAUGCUAUAAAAAUUGUGCUUUAUUAGUAACCACAUGUAGGCUCAAACUGCCUAUUUUUAAUAGUUGAUUUACAUGAACUGUUAACCCUUUAACUCCCAGAUCAAAUUUGUAAUUCUCCUUACUGUCAAUCAUACAAUUCUUAUAAUAUUGGUUCAGAGAAUUUAGUAUUGGAUCAACUAAUCAUCCCCAGAUUGAUAGUUUUCUUUGUUCUCAUCACUUAUCUGGUCGAUAUUGUAUUGAUAUUGUCAGGAGAAAUUCUGUCUUGGUCACUCAUGGGAGUUAAAGGGUUAAUUACUAAAAAUAUUAACUAAAGAAUGAUAGAAAAGAUUAUGCAUUGCAAGGAUUAUGUUAUUUCAUGGUUCCAGUUUUAAUAACUGACUAAAUAUAGGGUAAUCUAAAUUAAACACAACCAUUUAUUAUGAUUGUUUUCUGUUUCAUAGCGAUGGUUGACUGAACAAAGACCACAGUGUCCACAUUGCAGGUAAAAUAAUUAAAAUAUGUUUCUGGGAACAUUAUUCAUCUUUCUAGCAGUCAUAAUGCCUACCCUUGCGUUUAAAAAUCUAUUCAGCCUUAAGUGAAAACCUUUUGCUCAACUUUUUUUCUCUCAAUACAGGGCAUCCCUUCAUCUUCAUGAACUUGUCCACUGUCGAUGGGUUGAAGAAGUCACUCAGGUUUGAACUAUUUUUGUUUUUUUACUGAUUUUAGGAGCUACUGUUUAAAACUUUGGCAACAUGUUGCCUUGAUUGAUCUGUUAUGUAAACACCUGUGAGAACUGAGUGACACUGUGUCCAAAAUAAAUUACAGAAAUGAACUUUAUUUUAAUUGUUACCAUCAUCUGUUAUGAACAAAAGAAGCUGAUAGUCAGCUGCCUUUUUUUUAGACAGUCAGUCAAAAUACAUUGAAUGGUAAAAAUGGUUUAAAGCACCAAUUAAGAGCAACAUCCAAUAUUUUUAGUGAGAAGACAACUUUGUUAAUAUGAGUGUACUUCAUAAAGUAAAUCGAGACUGGCAUUGUUAACCAAGCCAUUUUAGAUUUUCUUCAGAAUAAAUAGCAAACAAAAAAUAUAUUUCUCAGACAAUAUUUUUGUCACUUAUCAGUUUCUGCUGACUUCUGAAUUUACAGUUUUAUGGAUUAAAUGAAGAGACAAGUUUUAGGUACUUCCAUUUGAAACACAGUUUGUUUUUAGCAUCUUCAUAGAACCAAAUUUUUGCUUUUAUUCUGUUAUUACUUAAAUUUAUCAUGAUUACUUUCAGUCUGUUAAUUUUUGCUUCAGAUCGAAAUGCAUAAAUCUAGUUCUUCAAAAUAAAGCUUCUAAAGGUGAAUGGAGGAGGAUAUUAAUUUUACUUUGUGGUUAUGAAAAUAUCCACCAGAAAGAAAAAAAAAAGUUACUGGAUAAAUAAUUCUUGGUUGAGUUUAUGUUCAUUUUUUCUGUUGGUGGGUUAUGGGUCAUUUGUUCAUUACCUUUAAAAUUACUUGAUACAAAAUAUUUGCAUAUUUCAUUAUUAAAUCAUAUCUCACUAAAACAACCCUAAAUUAUUUUGGUAAAUAGUCAAGUCAUGAGUGAUGUCAUGUGUAGGAGAAAGAUGUCAGAUCUUUCAACAUAAUACUUAAUCAGAUGUAUUAUCUUUAUUUCAUGGGGUGCGGUCAUAAAAGAUAUUAAAGAGAGCUCACAGUGUUAUAGGAAAUGUGUGGGAUUGUUCAUGUCAAGCUUAGACAAUUACUUAAGUUGCCUGCCGAAUAAUAAGUUGUCUCUAAUUUGCAUGCAGUCACUUAUUAAUAAAUGACCCAAAUUAUUAAGCAAGAAAACUUCACUUUGGAUUUAAGAUUUUAAUUCUCGUUUUAUCUUUCAGCAACUAGACUCACUUCAGUUAACAGGCCCCCCUAAAGCUAAAGAAGAUGCAGAUAAAGACAGGUGAGAUGAAAUCUAAUGUUUAGAGCCCCCUGGUAUUUUUCUCUAACUGUCAGCUAUUAGAGGAUGCAGCAAAUUUGCAUAAGAGUUGCGAGAGAAAUGUGUGCCCCUAAGAACUUCCUUUUUAAUUUAAAUGAUCUUUGUGAGAUUGGCAAGUGCUGAGCUGAGCAGGUGUCUUGUUGUAGGCAGAAUAUUAUUGCUUUGUCUAGGGUCAGUUUAGCAACCCACACAUUUACAGCCAGAGUUAAACUGAUGACUCUGAUCGCAUUGAUAAAAUGUAUUUCUUAGAUCAAACACAGACAAUAUGUGCUGAAAAAUGAUUGUAACACUGGAACAUUUUUCUAAUGGCUUGGGAUUCUUCUGAAUGUUAAAACUUGAAAAUGAUGGUGAAAUGUGCAAGUUGUGGAAAAUUGCUAAGGGUAAAAGUAAGUGGAAGUAUCGAAGCUUCAAUACAAUUUUCAUUUGUUGAUUUUUUUCACAUCUUGGUUGGAUUUUUGAGGAGAAUUUUGAGAAAUAUAUUUCACUGAAUAGUGGGCUUGAUAAAAGAGUCUAUGCAUAUACGUGUUUGGUCAUGGAAACUGCGGAUGAAGAAGAAUGCUGUUGAUAGGUAUACUUUCUUUUUUAUGAAUAAUGAAAGUACCAUCAUCAUUUUUAUUUCAAGUGGUAUCUUUUUCUGAGAAGUAUGUUUUGGUCUCACUGUAAACUGUGAUUUGAAUUCAUCUCACAAGCUAUUGUCAAUAGUAAUUUUUGAACAGGAUUUCAUCCUUAAAGUCUAUACAUUUAUACAACAAUGUUAUUCAAAAUCAUAACAGUACUGCAAUUGCCUUCACUUGUUUGUGAUUCAUUUUUAAACUCAAGUCACUGUAGAAAUUUUAAAAAAUAUUUUAAAGAAAGAAACCUACUUUUAGGAGUGAAUACAAAAUACUAUGUAAACAUUUCCACUCUGCUUACAUGUAGAUUUCUGGAAAUAUAAGGGAAUAUGUGCUACAGUGUCUCUGAAUAUCUUUAAGUAACUUAUUUCGGCUGUCUGUGAGCACUGUUUAUCUUUGUCAUGGUUAAAUAUAUGGAAAUAUAAGGGAAAAUAUUUUGAAUGUGCUACAGUAUCUCUCUAUAUCUUUAUGUAACCUAUAUUGGCUGUUUUUAGAACACUGUUUGUCUGACUUUCAUGGUCAUGGCUGUUCACUGAACUGAGAGUCAGCGUUAUUGUUUUAUAAUUUUGAAAUCAAUAGACUGUAUUAUUUUAUACUUUAAAAUUAUUGAAAUACAAAUGGAGGUUACAGUUUUUCAAAUGCCUUUAAAUCUCUUUUUGCUCAUGGAAUUCAAUGAAAUGAUACAUAAACAAGAACAGCUCAGCUUAGUUUUUUUUGUAACUUAUGUGUGUGUCUGUUAUUAACUGCUGAUUUGUGUACAGCACCAGACUAUCAAAGGGUGAAAAUCAUGUCCUACAAGAUCUGUUUUACAUGAUCAUGAUAUUUGCAAUAGUUCAAAAUGAAUUUUGGGUGGUAAGAAGGGGUUGGAUAAAUUUUUUUCAUCAAAAAAAAUUGUUAAACUAGUAUUAAAACCAUAGGGAAAGAACACAGAAGAUAUUUUGAUCUAAUGGCUACUGUUACACCAUUUCAUUAGCAUGAACAAUUGGUUCCAUUAGUCGUGCAUGUUCCCAAGGACCACACUUUAGAUAUAUUUCAGGACAAUAUGAUAUAGGAGGAUAUGACCAUUUGUUUGAAUACUGUCUCCCACCGAUGACAAUUAUUCUUAUAUAUGAUAUAUAUUAAUUUUAGAACAGCUUGAAUAUGCAUUUAAUGAGGAGGUAUCCCAUUUCGUUCCCAAAAUCUUGAUAAUACUCCUUACCACCUGGCCUGCAUUUUUUUUAAUAUUAUGAUCCCUUUUUAUUUCUUGUGACAAACAAGAAGACAAUACCCAAAAAAAUGUGACCAAAAAAUUAACAAUUUGACUUUCAAACUAGACAUCUGGAGAGGACACAAACAUGCCCUAUUGCUAAAAGCUUCCAAUUGGAAUUUUUCAAAUUGUAUACUCUUGAUUAAUCAGCUCACUGUUGGAAAUGUACAAAUGACAAACAGCUACAUCCUAUAGUGCUCAAAAACUGUGCAGGGCCUUUUCAUGAACCUUCAAGGUGAAUCUGAACACAGGAGAUAACAGAUUACUUUUUCAUGUACAGUUUUGAAGUUCCUAGGGAUCUUUAAACUAGGGUUACUGAAGAACACAAGAUAUGUAAUUCUAUGGGUAGUGUAAUCAUUAUCAUAAUGGUAAAUAGUUAAUUGUUGAUUUUUUUGAUUUUCAACUGUGUUUUGUUAUGAUUUGGCCUUGCUUUAGAUGUGACAUUCAUCAUGAAAAACUCAGUGUCUUCUGCAGUACAUGUAAGCAGUGCAUCUGCCAUCAGUGUGCUCUGUGGGGGGGAACGGUGAGUUGAUCUUCUUAACAACUUGUUAGUUUAAAAAUAAUCACCUUUUAAAUAGUACUUAUUGGUAUCACACAGCUAUCUGUAGGCACUUGUCAACACAGUACUGAAAAACAACUGUGAGAAAUGAAAGCAUUCAAAUGAAGGAAGAAACAUCUUGCAACCUUGGUCUUACUUUCUCCCUCAUUUAGCAUCAUUUCACAUGAAAUGUUCCUAAGCACUGUGUAACAAAAAUAAAUUUAUUGAUUCAUGACUUACUUAAUAGUUGACUGAAAAGAAUUGCCCUUUUUUGUGGGCUAAUGAGUCAUCAAUAUGGUUUUGCAUAACUUUGCUAACACAAAUUGCAACUUGGUCUCUCCCUUUUUCCUGCACUUUAACCCUUUAACCUCUAAGAUCUAAUCAGUAAUUCUCCUUACUAUCUGCCAUACAAUUCCUAUGAUGUUUGCUUGGAGAAUUUGGCAUUGAAUUUAACUAAUCUCCUAAUUGAUAUUUUUCUUAAUUCUCGUCAGUUCUCCGCUUGAUAUUGUAUUGAUAUUGUGAGGAGAAAUUCGGUCUUGGUCACUCAUGGAAUUUAAAUAGUUACAGUCUGUAACGCUAUUGAGUUAUUAUAUUUGAUUUGAUUUUCAGCACUCCGGCCACACUUUUAAACCUCUGGAUGAGGUAUACGACCAGCAUGUCUCAUCAAUCACAGAUGAGGUAUUGUCAACUUAAAUUUUGCAUAGAAUAACUCAAGCUAGUGAUUUAUUGGUAAGUGUUUAAUUAAUAUUUUUAUUUUUUUAGGUUGCAGCAUUAAGGCGCAGACUGAUGGAACUGAUUAGUCUUGUUCAGGAAGUGGUAUGUGGGAAGCUCUUAACUGAGAUAUGUGACACCAAACCUGAGGAUGUGGAGCAGAAAUGUUAAGCUCUUAACCCUUAAACUCCCAAGAUCUGAUUGUUAAUUCUCCUCUCUAGCUGCUACACACUUCCUUGUAGAUUAGUUACAAGAAUUUGGUGUUAUAUCAAAGAUAAAAACUUCUUCCUUGAUAAGUUUGAGUAUUCUCAUUACCUGUUUGCCAGACAAUGUAUGGAUAUCGUAGGGAGAAGUUGUAUGUCAAUCACUUCUGGGAGUUACAGGGUUAAGGAAACUGAGUUGGAUAAUUAUGCUUCUGAGAUGAAAUUGAUGUCAACAUGCUCUGUGAUCUUAAAAUAACUUAUUGGUUCUGGUGCCCCAAGUACCCUAAUUUGUUAUCUUUUUUAUGAUAACUUUUAAUUCUUGUCUUGAUCUUUCUAAACCAUUUUAAAUUAUUUAUAAUUUAAGAGAAGACUAAACCAGUGUAUGACUGUAAUGUGUUUACCUUCCUUAGAUAAAGUUACUUCCUACUUACAUGGACUUACUCAGUCACUGUAUUAAUCAAGUUAUUUUUUGUCUGCUAAUCUGUCUGUACCAUGACUUGAAAUCUAGUAUUCAUUUCUUUGUAGGAACGCAAUGUGGAAAGUUUGCGUGAAGCUAAAGAAGAAGUAUGAUUGUUUCUCAGUGUUUAAAUUGCAAUAAUUAACCUUAUUACAUGUAACUUAGAACUACUAAUCCUAUGUUGUUUUUCCCAUAAUAAAUUUUUUUAGCGUGUACGUGAAAUUCGCAAUGCAGUGGAAUUGAUGAUAGCACGCUUAGACACUCAGCUUAAAAGUAAAUUGCUGACACUUAUGGGUAAGUUUUGAAAUGAAAAUAUUAUGACUCCUUGUUUCACUUGUAUAACUAGGGUGUAACUGGUUGUUUGCCCCUUCCUCUAUAAGGUAAUAAAUGGGAAUAAAUAACUAUUAAGAUUAUUAGUAUUUGAUAUGCAAGCCUAUUGAUGUACUAUUAUUGGUAAUUUCAAAUUAAUGCUUUCAUGAGGGACCCAGUAACCUAGUGGAUUCAAGUCCUGUUGGAGGUGAUUGUGUUGUGUCUUUAGGUAAUAAAAAACAAUUUACCCUCUCAAUGUUUCUCUCCACAUAGGAUAAUGAAAAGGAUUGAUAAAGUAGCAAGGGAAAACUGAUUAGUUGCUGAAAUGAAUGUUGUACUAAACUUGCAUCUCAUUCAAAGCUGAGUCAUGAUACUGUGCGUGAAUAAUUUUAUUUACUUGUUUUCUUCACUUGUUUAUGAUAAACAGGUCAAAAGAACUCACUGACUCAGGAGACAGAACUGUUAGAAUCCUUGUUACAGGAAGUUGAACAUCAGGUUUGUUUAAAAACUUGUUUAAUAAUAAUUGUACGUGUAGCACACUUGCAAGGAUUCUUUGUUUACUUGAAAUCAUUGGCAGGUCAAAAUACUUUUUUUUCAUUGAUUAGGUUCCUUUAUGGGAAUAAAGAGCUUACUGAAAUUUUCUUAGCUUCCAACAGGUGGCUUUGUUACUCAGUUGGUAGUGCUGGGUAGGGCUCAACUAAUUUUCAAGGCCUGAACUUUUUCAGGCUUAUUUUUUCCUAAGAUUUCUUUUAUUGCAGCUCAUGUGCGAGUAAUCUCUCUUUACUUGCACUUCAUGUGCAUGUCAAAAUGUUACUUAUUUCAUUCAAAAUCCAUUAUUGGAUGUAUGUUAUCAACAUUGAGGUGGAAUGCAUCAUCUCUCUAGACUCUUGUAACCCUGAUCAUUUGAUUGGGUCAUUUCAAUGCCAAACAUUUCAAAAUAAUUGAAGAAAUUUUAAUGUUUGUUGUUAUAUUUUUUUAUUGCCUUUUAGUUGCACUCUUGCUCCAGAAGUGAACUUAUUGCUAAAAGUGGUGAACUUUUACAGAUGUUUAAUCAGGUGUGGUAAAAUAACAACUAGACCUGAAUAAUUCAAAUUAUUUCUGUGUGGAAUAAUUUCUAAAACCCAUUUAGUGGUUUUGCUGUAAUUGAUUCAAUUCAUUUAAUCAUUAUACAACAUUUUUAUACACUGUAUUAAGUAUAAUACUGGUAUUUUGCAGCAAUUAACUGAAAAAUACAAAUUAAAUUCAUUGUAGGUUCAUCGUAAACCAAUGGCUUCAUUUGUGAGUCCUCCAAUACCAGCUGAUUUUUCAAGGUAAUUAGCUUAAUUCUUGCAUAUUAAGACAUUAAAAAACAGUUAUUUAAGACUUAAUGUAAUUUGUAGGUAGGAAAAUGCACUGCUUUCCUACAAUGGCCAAUAAUUUUUGUAAACUUGAAAUCCAACUGAGAAAAGAAAAAUUUAUCUCAUGCAAAAUGCUUUUUCUCUUCAUUUUCAGUGAAAUUGUACCUGGCUAUGACACAAGUACAUUCUGUAUCACCAAUUUCAGGUAAUUCAUCUUUUCUUGAAAAUAAAGAUACUGGUAUGUUGAAACUGUCUAAAUUCUACAGAUAAUAAUAAAAAAAUAAUUAUUUUCUUAUUAUUAAUUUAGUCAUAGUCCUUUCUAUUGUUCCCUUCAUCAAAACAAAUAUUUUUCUCCACAGAUGCGACAUAUGAUUCCCUAAGAUGUCAUACUAUGAUACUCAAAGCAUAAUUUUCAUAUAAACACAAUUCAUAUUUUCAGAAAUAUGCAAGGUUUUUAAAGAUAUAUUUUAAGCAAUUUUUCAAAACCAUCAUAUAACUAUAAAAAAAUAACAAGUAUACACUGACACACACUUCACAAUAAACUUUGCUUAUGACCAAUUACAAAAAAUCAAUUUCACUAGUUAUAUCACAGGCUUUUGAAAGAACAAAAGUAUAUAGACUGUACAUCUCUGUCAGAGAAAAUGGUGGGCUAACCCUUGGAAGGUCAACUGUAGAAACUCUUUACUAUGGCCAUGUAACACUAUCAACUCAGUUGAUGAAACCAAAGUAACUUGUAAUACCCCCCACCGAUGCAGCACCACAGUUUCUUUAUAAACUUACCCCAGUUUAUCCAUGUAUCAUUGACACUUAACUUGUUUUUCUGUACACAGUUUAUUGCGAAGAAAGGCAGAUCCUGUUUAUAGUGAACCCUUAAAUAUCAGUGGACUUAGUUGGAGACUUAAGGUUUAUCCUGUGAGUAUGGAAAAAAAAAACUACAUUCAACAGUUCAGAAUUUGAAGUUUUACUAUUCAAUAGUUUGUUUUGAUCAUGGAUGUGCCUCAGCAGUUCUCUCCUGGAUGUGAAUGGCCACUUUUCCUUUCUCAAAGGUUCCUCAUUGGAGGGCAACCUGAGAAAUUUGAAGUGUCUCAAGGUGGCAUGUAAAAUAUUUAAAACAACAAAAGUUUUGAUGUUCUUUUUAGGAUGGUAAUGGUGUGGUGAGAGGAAAUUACCUGUCUGUAUUUCUGGAGCUCUCUGCUGGACUGCCAGAAACAUCCAAGUAAUUAUUUACAAUAAUGUUAUGAUUGUUUUCAAUUCUUUUACUUCCUAUUUUAAAAUUUCCAUUAUCGUUUCAUUUGGUGAUUAAAUUCAUGAUAAUUAUAUUUUAAUUGAUUUCUUUAGGUACGAAUACAGAGUUGAAAUGAUUCACCAUGCAUCUCCUGAUUCAAGCAAGAACAUUGUGAGAGAGUUUGGUGAGUUGUAUUGAAACACAGGCUAGUACUUCUACAAUGAACCUUUUAACCCCUUAUAGAGACUAGCAUGCAUGCAUCUCAUUUCUCCUUACAGUAUCACCCCUGCAUCAAACAUUCAAGUCAUGAGAAAAAAGGAAAUGAUCACCAAUUCAACUAGAGAAGCUCUUGAUUGAUAAAUAAAUUCUCCUUGUCAGCACCCUUUGAAAUGUAUUAAGAACAGUAUGGAGAAUAUGUAUACUGAUGUGAGGGUGUAAAGGGUUCACAUUAACCUGUGAACUUCAGUUUAUUUGUACAAUGUAUUUCUUUUACAGCUUCUGACUUUGAAGUUGGUGAAUGUUGGGGUUACAACAGAUUUUUUCGUUUGGAUCUUUUGGUAAGUGAAUGUCAAUCUUGUUAUUGUGAGACGUAUUAUGAGGCGAAGUACAUAUGCUCCAAUAACUAAAACUUGCAUAUGUGCUUGUUGUAGGGAAGCGAAGGAUACCUGAACACAGCAAAUGACACUUUGAUUCUAAGGUUUCAAGUCAGACCUCCAACAUUCUACCAAAAAUGUAGAGAUCAACAGUGGUAAGGCGUCACUUGAUGCAAGUGUUCAAACGUAGCCAGGGCAAAUAUUACACUUUCACCCGAGAUCUGAUUGUGAAUUCUCCUCUCUGGAUGCCACACAUUUCCUCUCAAACUAGUUACGAGAGUUUGGUGUUAGAUCAAGACAACCUCUUCUACCUGAUACGUUUUAGUAUUCUCAUUACGUGCUUGCUGGAUAAUGUUUGAAUGUUAUAAGGAGAAGUAACAUGUUAAUCACUUCUGAGAGUGACAGAGUUCAGCUUAAAUUAUGGGCCGAGUUAUGGUAACAUGGCAGCUCGUAUCUGCAGUCUUGCUGAGUAACAGGUAAUUUGGUGUUAACAACUGAGUUGAAAACGUAAAUUAGCCACCGUAAAGGGUAAAAAAAGCUGACGUUUCGAGCGUUAGCCCGUUAGCCCUAUCGCUCUGACGAAGGGCUAACGCUCGAAACGUCAGCCUUUUUUUACCCUUUACGGUGGCUAAUUUACGUUUUCAACUCAGUUGUUAACACUAAAUAACCUGCUAUACUCUCCCACCGACGCAGCACCACAGUUUCUUUAGAAACUUAUCCCUAUGUUGCUGAGUAACAGUUCACGUUUGUGGUUUCGUUCUUGUUUUUCCAGGUAUAUUAAUCAACUUGAAACUGGUCAGACGCAGUACAUUCAGCAGAUUAACGAUUUAAAAGAGGUACACGAUAUAUAAGUAAGAAUAAGAUUAGUGGACUUAAAACUUACGUUGUAAGUACGACCCAAAAUGAAUCUUCUUUUCGAGAACCCACAACGUGACCUGCAAUUAAGUAUCCACUACUAAUGCACUACCCAUGCGCAAUACUGUUUAGCUCCGCCCUUACAAAAAUUUACCGGUAUCUUCCAAAUUGGCUCUGAAGAAGGGCUAACGCUCGAAACGUCAGCCUUUAUUGAAGUUCUUUACGGUGGCUAAUUUACGUUUUCAACUCAGAUACACCACACCACAUUUUCUAUUAGAAAAAAGACAUUCUUGUCAUGCGUAGUUGUGUCCAUGCUGGUCUGGAAAAUGGCAGAUCGCCUCCCGAGGGAGUCAAAGAAUUUUUUUUAGGUCUCCUUUCAACUACUAGUUCGGUAGUGUUCAUAGCUGCGAGGAUCGCUUUUAUCUCAUUUCUUCACCGCAGUGCACAUAUAUAUGAUUUUCAAAGAUUUCCAGUCAUUAUUCAUCGUCCAAUAAUUGUUUAUUAUAUUUUUAUAUCUAAGUAAGUAUUUUUUUUUUCAAAACGCAGCGACUUGCCAUUGAACUGUCCAGAAACCAUGCACCGACUUCCUCAGCACCGGGCAGCGUGUCAGACAUGGGUCACGUGUCUUUACUUGAACAAUCAUUGGACAACAUCGAGGAUGAUAAUGAUCAUUUGGUCACCAAGCAACAAAAUGAUGCCCAGUUGGUAGUGCGACGGGCUCAAGUUUCCAGGCCACGUGCCACAGCACACACUGCAUUAGAUGUGGAAACUGCCUCUGGUAUGUGUUGUGUUCUGCUGGUGUUAAGCCACAUUUUCACGAUCGGGUUUUUCGCUAAAAAAUUUCCUUGGCCGCGCAGAUAGAAAAGGAGGCAGAGUCUUGCCUCUUCAAGUCCCUUUGUCCUAAAACCAAGUUUUAAACAGGUAACCGGUCGUUUCCGCCAGUUUCUUACGGUUGUUUCGCCCGAAUUGAAAGUCGAUUCAGUAGAGAUGAUUGUGGCCGCUUUUCGAGAUAGGGCUCUUUUCGAUUGACUGACGUAAAGAUGAAAUCAACGUAAUCUCAACGGCCAUUCAGAAAAAAGAACAAUACCUUAAAUUUGCAAACCGCCCAAAGCGCUGGAAAAACACGGGCGACUAAGUCGUGAUUGGUUUUAGUUUUGCAUUUGAUAGGCAAAAACCAAUGCAAUCUCGGAUUACUCCCGACACUCAAUUGAAAAUUACUCUAAUUUUCUCUUGUGUGGUUGGUUGUUAUGAUUACUUCGCUUAUGGUUUUACUUUAUUUUUUCGAAAAGCGCUCUGUUGCGAAAAAUUUACUCGGACAAUUUGCUGGUGUAAACUGGACAUGGAAUGAGUAAGUUCGGUGUUUUUUGUGCCUCAUGUGUAGUCGCUCAUAGUAAUGACGAAGUUUUCUCUUUUAGGGCCAGUACUUCCAGCAUCAGAGGAAGGAGAAGAAGUGGUGGAUGAGUACACAAAUGAAGAUGAUAAUGGAGAGGAAGACGAAGACGAGAGUGGUGCUGAUACUGGUGAUGACGAGAAUGAAGUGGAUGGAAGACCGGAAGCUGAGGAGGAGACAUCUGAGCCGGAAGGAAAUGAAGAGGAGUCAUUAAGAGGUAAACACUGCGUAAUAGAAUGGGAGAAGAGGUGGCUCAACGAUUAGCGCGCGAGGUCUGGGUACGAGACCUGGUUGGCUCAUUGGGUUGUGUUCUCGGAUCAGACGCUUUACUCACUGUGUCUCUCUCCGACGAAAUGCUGCAAAAGGGGAGGGUGAAGCGAUGGACUUGUAUCCCCCGUUAGGGUGGUCGCAAUACCUUAAGCUGCUUUUUGCUACACAGACCGGGAUAAGCACUGGUCAAAUGAGUCACUUGACUUGAUUACUUAGUUUUACCUGACACAUGACAACGCUUUCGACAUUGCUGAUCCACGCAGUAAGCGACACGUUUGUCACACUUGAACCUAGUAAUGACCUGGCUCAUCAUAGAGUUUCCUGCCUCCAAGUGGUAGAGCAGUGGGGUUGAAUGUCUAAGGGUCGAGUCCUUGAAGGGGACUCAGUAAAACUUUUGUAUUUGUUCCCGGCUUAAGCUAGCAAAGAUAACUCAGUUCGUUGUUCAGACCUUCUUUUACUUGAAUUGCACGACGCAUCAAAAUGAAUUCUUUAUCGGUGCUUUUUUUCAGACGAGACUUUAGAAGAGGAAGCACUUCAGGAUCUCGUCCCCUGCUCAGAAAGUUCCCCGGAAGAACAAGCUGCGCAACAGAAGGAACAAGAGGCCUGGGACGUAGAAGAUGUUGAACUCGAAUUCUUUGAUAUUAACAGUGUAACGGAACAGCGGGAAGAGGCAGAACCAAAACCCGAGCCAUUGUCAACUCAAACCAGCUGUUCUAAUUGCCUUCCAAACAACCAAGUUUCUCUUAUCGAUGCAGAGGAAAGAGCGCUUCUUAAUUUGCUUAAGUUUGACAAUCGAGGCCCCAGAGGGUCGCGUUGGAAUGCGCCGACUGUGUCACGGAGGUAUGUGUCAGUAGUGGAGUGGCCCAGGCGGGGAGAUGACGACAAAGACAAGCAUAAGGAAAGAAUCAAGAAGAGAACGCGCUUGGAGAAGACCAGCAGCAUGCUGGAGAGACUGCAGAGUUGUUUAACCCGUGCAGAAGCUCACAAGGCAGCGGCUGCCUCUCUUGACAGUGCGAAAGCCCUAGAGGGUGAUUGUUUUGUAAAUUCUUACCUGAUACUUAAAUCAUUAUACGCUGUGCCAUGUUUUAGAAUCUGAUAUUCAAAUGCGAGAUUGUCCCCCACCCUCACCCUUGAAUCCUUGAUCUUUAGUGGCUUUCGUAAAGCAGAGCACCCGUCUUAAAUUAUGAGGGAGUCAGAUGUUUCUUGAUCAUGACUUAGUGUGAAUUGACAAUUCCUUUAUGGCGAUUUCAAAGUUGAAUUUCUUUUUCACCUUACAGCGUACAAGUGCGUUUACUUCACUUUAAAUCACUCACAGAGCAAUUUUCAAUGGCGUGUCGAAAGUAAUCCAAGAAUUCUUUGCUUUUACCUUACCUAGCUUUGUGAUUGGUCGGGUGCAAAACAAAAAACUCGUACUUGGUUACCCACGUUUUCCCGCGCUUUAAGCAGUUUUCCUGUUUCGCUUUGAGUCCUCAUUGGCUAUUUAUGAUUUUGACUUUUGUUUUGAUUGGUCGCUGGGAUAAAUGUGGUUUUGGUUUUUCAACACUCGGUGAAAACUGCUCUAUCGGGGUCGAACCCCUAUCUCAAGAUCUGUUUGGACGGAUACUCGCAUUUGCAAAUCUUCAGCUUUCCGUUAGCGUUCUCGUUCAUGUGGUACUUGUCCGAGACAGCCAGUGAGUUUGAACGGUACAAUGCACCUAUAAAAGGGGGUAAGUUUAUAAAGAAACAAUGGUGCUGCGUCGUGUGGUGGUCUUACUAGAGAAUUUGGUGUCAUCAACUGGGUUGAUUAUGUAAAUUGGCCACCGUAGAGUUUCGAAAGCUGCGUUUCGAACGUUGGCCCUACGACAUACAAUGCACAUAAGACUGAUGUGUGUGUGUUUUUUUCUUGUUUGUUUGUAGAAUCUCUGACCAGUGGAAGCCAUCCCGUAGGGAUGAGAUCGGGUACAGGAAAUGUCAGACCUCACAGGAGGGGUGCUUCAUUACCCAGCUUAGAUGGUGCUGACAGUAAAAACAGAACUUCUCCGAAGAAACCCACAGGUAUUGAUUUUAAAGGUUAAGUUGUUCAGUUCAUACAGUAUAAAUCAGUUUUCUUCAUGUUACUAAAGACAGAUCACUUAGUGGUAACGGAAAGAAACUUGACUAUCAAUUGUUUCAUCUUCAGAAAAAGACAACUCAGUCAAACGUGAAUUAUUGAUAUAUAAAUUGUGUUGUGUUCUUGGGCAAGACAAUUGACUCUCACUUAAUUUUCUCCCCGAGAGAGUAUAAGUGGUUAUCAGUAAACUGUUAGAAAAGCCUGCUGAAAGCAGGCAGAGUGGCUGGUGAUUGGCUAAUAUUAGUAAAGGAGGAGAGGCAAUACUUCUGCCUGCUUCGUACCACAGACAUUAGGAUAAACUCGGUUUGAAAUGAGCCACUAACAUGGAAUGACUUAUCUUUCACAAUUUUUUUAACUUGAAAGAGACCAAAUUUUUAUAUUAACAAUAUAACAGAUAUGCUUAUGCUUGGUACUAAGAAGCGGAGACACGGCAUAAAGUAGGGUAUGGCCUCCUCAUGUUGUCCAUUAAUAUUUCUCGUAUUGUUUCUUCAGUCUCAUCAGGGACUGUAGCUAGCAUCUGUGUCAGCUCCGGAGUUCCAAUUUCAGCAGUAGCAUGUACCAUUCCCCAUCCCCCUGACCAUGAUGACGGGUGUGGCAACCCUGAACCUGACCUGUCAGUACCUCAUCACCUGCCGGAAAUGGACACAGACAGUCCUCGGUAAACAAACUACCAUUGUUAUCUCGUAUUUUUAUCUCGCUACCUUUACCCUGGCAGGCUUUCCUCGACAGGUCUUUUUCUGAGAUUCUUUUUUUCCCUGUGACACUUUGCCCAAAAACUGACACGCCUGUCAUGAAACAGGAGACUUGUUCUGCAAUGUUUUCUUGAAAAAUGUCCUUGACGAUUUUUUGUUUUGCAUACGAGUAAAAUAAACUAUUUACAUCGACAACUGCAUUGUCUAGAAAAGAAAAAUCCAUUGUCAAUCUUUACUCGUAGACUUACAAAUUAUUACAGGUUUUCAAUAAACGUUCAUGUAACUCGGUGUCAAACCAUUUUCAGUUCUCGACCCAAAGAUACGAAGCGGAAAGUACACAGAGCAAAUACUGCUCACUCUACUGUUGGAACUGAAGGUACUCCCGUCUUUUGAAUUUAUUGAUUUAUUUGCGAUAUUUAGACAGACUGACUCUGCUUUAAAGCUGGUGUAAAUGGGAGCCUAUACACCAAACUCUUUGCUAGAAGUAGGUGGAUUCUUUAACGUCUCUUGCUAACCAGUAAAGAGAAGAUGCAGGAGACAAGGCUAACAGUUUAUCGUUCUAAGAGCCUGAGUGUUGGUCCGGUCUGGGAUUCAAACCCUCGACCUCCCGCCUAACCGUGAACUGAAAUUCUUUCUCCUGACUGCUUCACAACCUCUUAUCUUGUUGAUUUAAGUUAUUUCUAAUAUCUUAUAUUCUUCAGGUCUCCAACUUAGUUCUCAGUUACUGUCCGACCUUAAAAGGGCUUCGACUAUAAACAAAACCUACAGGAUGAGGUACUCUGUUACCGAGGAAGAACUACUACAGAGUCGAGCCAGUUCUCACAAUAGUCCCACACAAGGUAAGUUAGAGGUACACAUAGUCUUGGUAGAAAACAGCUUAAGGCAAUUCCGUAGUAUCACAUCGCGAAUUCUUACUGCGCAUAAUUUAACACGUGACUAUCGCGCCCACAUUAAAAAAUGGGAUUUAUUGUCGGAGCUCACCAGCGAGGUAAAUCGUCAUUUUCCUGCAAACGAGCAUGGUGAUCAAAAAUUUUUUUCUCAUUUUUGGAAAUGAGCGAUGAGUUUCAUUCCGUAAAAUAGAUAUAAACCAAUUCUCAGUGUAGUUAAUACGAUACUUAGACAGGCUUGCGCAGUUCAGCUAAAAGCUGGUUUAAAUGGGGGCAUGUAUACACAUCAACAAAUCCAGACCACAACAAAGAGUGCUACGUUCCCCACUCUCUGCGAUAAGUGAGUGGGUUCUUUAACGCUCCCUGCUAACCCGUUCGGAGAAUAUGCAGGAGACGGGGCCUACGGAAUGUCUAACCAUUUGUAGAUGUCAUAGUAAAGGCAGUGCAUCUCUUCACUUAUUUUAAGACCCUAUAUGUUGGUCCGGUGUGGGGCUAAAACCCUCGACCCCCCGAACGACAAUCCGGCACUCUACGACAUGAGCUAAGCAAGCGUACGGAAAGAAUACAAUGUAGCAAUUUCUAAAUAUGAUCGUCAUGAUAUAUAGGAAUUAUAUGAGCAUUUAACAUGAGUAUCUACAAGGUACUGCUACCCCUCUAAAAGCACGAGAACGCCCUCCCUUUAUAUUUCUUUAGGAUAAACAACCCAUAGGUAAAGUUUUGUAAAAAUCUCAGGGUAGAUUCUACUUCGGAGGAACGACCUUAAAUUGUUUUUAAGCGUCUUAGAGUGAAUUCCAAGAGAAACUGUAUCAAAAAAAUUAGGUUUUGUUGUAAACGCUUCAGUGUGGACAGGACUCUGACUAUACCUUUUUAUCCGUUAGCUGAUAGCAGUGUGGAUCCUUCACCAUGUGGUAGCGCAGAUGAAUCUUUCAUUACGUCACUGAGUUCAUUACCCACAAGUCAGCAGUAUCAUUUGGUACACAUUAGCACUGAGGACCUGACUGACAUACACAGCGGUGAUUCACCCACUAACCCUCCCCCCAUAGUAAUCAACAGAAAGAGGAGCUCACCAACCGGAAGCGCCUGUAGCAACACCAGUCGGGAGGGUGACAACAGCCCCACAAGAAGUGCAGGUAAAUGUUACAUUACACUGGCGGCUGUAGGUCUUGAUUACAAGCUAUGUUGUGUUCUUGAAUAAGGUUAUGGCGUCUUUGAGAACAACUUGAUUUCGUGUGAAACCUUACAAAAUAUUUGAAGAGGGGUAAGGGGGGGGGGGAGGAGAGGGGGUGGUUGGGUAACCAUCCCAUCCAUUAAAGAGGAGUUGCAAUAUUUCCGCUCACUUUACGCGCUGCAAUGCGAGGUAGGCUUAUAUUUUUGGAGGGUUAUGACCCAAACUCAGAGACAUUCCUUAGACAGGUGUUUCCCAGAAGCUAGUACUUAUGCCGUUCGAAGACACAAAAAUACUUGGAUUGAUUUUAGAGUUCUUGCGAGGAUGAUGUGUGAACCACUAUCUUCUGAAAGCAAAUGACGUCAGGGAGUAUUUUCUUGUAGUCUUUGUAUGUGUAUGUGGCAUACCCGUUGGUCGUGUAUAAACAGGUAGCAACAAACUUAAAUGCAUAUACCUUGAUCAGUCUUUCCUUUCCACACAGGUUGCUCAAGUCCUCAAAUUAAUGACAGCAGUGCGGAAGAAGACAGGGGAAGUUGUGAUAAAUAA